UAAAGAGCAAUUUGCCAUACGUCAAUAUUGUUAUAAAUAUUUUAGAAAAAAAGAUAGGAAAAUCUCCAGAAGGAUUAACAUUUGAAUCAGUUUCAUUCGCUUUUCGAUUUUCGAAGUGUGCUAGAUGCCAGAAAAACACUUCACUCUAAACUGAUUCCUCUUUCAACGCUCUGCUAUCGUAAUAACAUCGUUGCGCAUUCUAUUGCGCAGAUGCACUACGAUGGAGAGAAUAUCCGUGCAGGAUCAUCGAGCCGUGUACGAACGGAUGUGCAAGGAUUAUUUGAAUUUGAAGCUAUUGGCGCAGAAUGCAUGCUACGAUCGAGCACGCCUGGAACGGUGUAAAAAGUCCGUGCAGCAGGAGGUACUUUCCUGCCGAAAACUGUCCCGUGUGACCGAAUUCGACCAUCUUGUGAUGCUGCUAGAGCAAAGAAAUCUUCUCAGCCUGCUAAAGCCGGAUCUGAUUGAGCGGUUUGAAUUGGUGCUGGAUGCAAAAGAUGUUACCUGUGCACUUGCGGCGUACCGGAGCAUGCUAAACUCGUACUAUGCAGCUAUUCGACGAUUCUAUCUCGAAGAUUUGCGCCACCGCGAUCGCCGAACACUGCUGGAGAAGGAAGUGGAAAAGGUCAAGCUCCACGAGGCAGUCGAAACGCUGGCACGCUCGCCUGCAAACACUGAGCGAGAUAAAUAUCUUCAACAGCGUGAUAAGAUUUACUCACUGCUGCAGGUGGAAAUAGGCAAAAGUUGGAAGGUAUUCGGAAGAUUUCUGAAUGUACCACCGGCUGAGCUGGAAGAGAUCGAGGAACGCAACAGGCUCGAUCUUAAAACGCGCAUUUACGAGGUACUUCAGUCUGCCGAGAUGCAGUUUCCGGAUGACUCACUGGAGCAGUUUGUCCCCGUCCUUCUGAAAGCACUGGAAAACAGCAGAAGAAAAGAUUUGAAACGAAAAAUUGAAAGCAUGUUACAGUGAUUAAUCGAAGACGUAGAAAACCCCAUUACCUUGUACAGCUCCGUUUUUUUAUCGAUGUGAUUUUACGCAACUUAUUACAAUAUUUUCGGUGUAAGAAAAUAAAAAAGGGCAAACACAGCAUUCAUUCAUUAA